CAUGACAAAAACAAAUCUGAAUUACCUAUUACAAUUACAAAUUAUUAUUUAUAUUUUAUAAAUUAUAAUGAUCUUUAUCUUAUCAUAGUACAGUCAUGUUAUGAUCAAUAAUUUUAUGAUAAUAAGAAGCUUUAAUAUCUUAUAUCCUGAUAAUGCUCACUUCAAUAUAAUCAAUUAAAUAAAUAAUACCUUAUUAAGCAUUAUUCAGUAAUCGUAACUAAUUGAUAUAAGAGAAAGUUAUACGUAUUUUUUUUAUAUUUUUUGGCUUAUCAAAAACGGAAAAUUAUAUUGUACUGUUUACACUAAUAAUAUACAAAUGUAAGUAGUCGAAGUACAAACUGAUUCAUCGCAUAUAGGGAUUAAAAAAAUACACAUACCAAUAUAAUAAAGUGAAGAUGGAAGAUGGCGCAGAAGAGAUAGAGUUAAGACCUUCCAGUGUAUUACGAACAUCUACACUCAGGAGCAAUGCUGCUCGGCAAGUUGUCAAUUUUAUGCCUUCUCGACAAGCUGGUUGCAAUACGGUACGACUUCGACGAUCAAACAGCUCUCACAGGGCGCUUCUGGACAUGUGUGAGGAAACAGAUGUGCCAGAUGCCACCGAUAAGCAGGCAGAUUAUAUUGUACGAGGUAUGGAACAGCACCAGCAGCUCAUGGAAGAUAAUCCACUCUCGGAAGAGCUAAGGAGGGAAGCUCUAAGGGAUCUUCCUCAAGGUUUGACAAUGAAGAGGAACGUUCGAGCAAAACUGUCAGCGUCGGUCAGUCUGCGAUCUAAACAUAGACCGAUAUCAAUGUUCAAGAGAAUGCGGUACCGGCUCAGCUUUACUUGGAAGAGGAUGAGAGAGCACUUCAGAGACUUCAUAUUCUCCAUUGAGUUAUGGUAUGAGGCUAUUCGUACCAUAGAAGGUCACCUCGGUUCGUCGGUGGGCGCGUAUUUCCACCUUCUCCGCUGGCUGUUCUGUCUGAAUCUAUUGCUGUCCAUCUUCGUCAUCAGUUUCAUAGUAGUGCCGCAGGCUCUAUACGACAACGCCUCCAAUCGGACCACCGAGUUGAGCGCUCUCGACUUUAUCACUGGACAGGGCGGUCUGACUGACAGUCUGUUGUUCUACGGCCAUUACCACAACGGUUCCGUCGUCAGCGUGGAGCCCCUCAGCUACUACAUGCCGCACGCCUACUUCUUCGCCAUGAUCACCCUGUAUAUAACGUGUUUCGUCGUCCUGUGCUACAAGAGUGCGUAUUCCUACCGCCGACACUUCAUAACUCCUCACGGUAGCGGUUCCGUGGGCCAGUUGCUGUCGUCCAAGUUGUUUUGCGGGUGGGAUUUCGGCGUCUCCUCGCCCGCCGCCGCCGCCCUCUCAUCCGCCGCGCUCUAUCAUGACUUUAAGGAGAUCCUUAGCGAGCAGAACAGCAAGAGGUCGGUGGAGUCCUGGUACGUGAAGGUGUUGUAUCGUGUUGUGAAAGUUCUCAUCAUGGUGUUGGUUCUGGGCUUCAUCGGAGGGGUUCAGUACGCUCUGUGGCUGAUGAUGGACUCCGCCGGCUGGACGGAGCGCCUGGAGCCGGUGACGUCACUCGUCAUCACAGCGGUGGUCGUCAUAUGUCCCGUCAUAUUCAAUCUGGUGGUCAAAUUGGAGCACUACUCGUGUCGCACGUCCCUAUACGUAUGUCUGGUUCGGACGUGUGUGUUGCACGUGUCCACUACACUGCUGCUGAUGCUGUACUGGACCAGAGGAGACCGAGAGUGUUGGGAGACCCGCGUCGGUCAGGAGAGCUAUCGUCUCAUCAUACUCGAUGCAUUCGUCUCCUUGAUAUUACUUCCCUUGGUGGAAGUCGCUAGAGGGCUUAUGUACAAAUGCCAACUCACCGCUGCCCCCCAGUUCGACAUCUCGUCUAACUCCGUGUCGUUGAUGUAUAACCAGUGUGUGUUAUGGUUCGGGCUGGUGUUCAGCCCGCUGCUGGUGGUCUCGGUGACCGUCAAAUAUCUUUUGCUGUUCUACAUCAAGAAGGAAACGGCGCUUAGGACUUGUUACACUGGACGGAAGAUGUUCCGCGCGGCUCAAACGCAGACGGUGCUAGUAUCGCUGGUCUCUGUGUCUCUUUUCGGAUCUCUGUUCUCCCUGGGCUCGCUGUUCUUGACCCGCGAAUCUCGUUGUGGUGCUCUGGUGGGCUAUAACCCCGUGUCCUCACUCCUCGGGACCGUGCUGGGUUUGGACCGAUAUCCAGCCCUCAGGAACAUAUUGACCUUCGUCACUAGACCUGGAUGCCUCGCUUUUCUCUUGCUGGCGCUGUGCGCCUGUGUGUAUAUAAUGCGAGCCAAGUCCCUAGCUCGUGCUUCGAGCGCGGAGGUGUUGAGGCGUCUGAGACGGUUACACGCCAAAGACAAAGAGUUCCUGCUCAAAGCGAUACAGAAGGUCGCUGAUGGAGAGUGGUUGUACAGUCCCAAGUCCGAGUGUGUCGAGGACAGUCACACCUGGCGGUACCUGCACGAGGUCAGGAAGCCGUCCAACGCCGGCUACCACUUCGACGCUUCACGGCUGAGUCACUCGUUCGCCGACAGGCCGAGGUCGCUGCACGACAACAGACCCAGUUCCUAUCACACCGAGAGACGGAAUUCCAAUGACGGAGACACGGACAGCUCCUUCAGCUGGCAAGGAUCCAGCAGCUAUCUGAACAAGGACAAGAAUAAAAUAUAAUUCUUGAAGUACAUUGCACUUGGAAGUUAGUUAUCAUGUGUCCGAGCGUUGGUAAUAAUGAAGAUAUUUUGAGGGUUACAUAGAAUAGAGGAUAUACAAUACAAAUUUCAAAACAUCCCUACGAGUAACCUUCAUGAUAUAAUCUAUUUCUCUUCACCCUGGAUCUCCGGCACAUGAUAAGCCAUAAUACAGUCAAUUACUUUAAGUCUCAUCUUAUGUGUAUUGUAUUAACUAUUACAUAGACCUUAAUUUUUCAUUGAAAGCAUAAUAUUAUAAAUCAUGAGCGGUGCUUGAAGUUGUGAUACGUCAGAUUAAGAGAGUUAUACUUACAUAUGGAGUUACACCAGUGUGAUAGGAGGGUGGAUUCUGGAGGAUAUAUAUGGGAAAAAUAAUAAUGAGUGAAGUCCUUCACACAGAAGAAGUGAAACUUGGCAAUGUGGAAACGAAAAUAGGAAGGGGUGGAAAUUGAUUUUGCUUCUGUAAGACAGACUUUAUAAACAUUGCUUAAAACUUACAAUUGACCCACCCAUUUACCCUCACUCCGUCUCUUUCUAUCCCCCUCCCCCGAGCAUUGCAUGCUUAGUGCCACCUAGUUCUGUUUCAUUAGAAGUUUCACUUCAGUAAUAUAUUUUUAUAUAGAGUCAUAUUAUUAUGAAUAAAUUCUUGUCUUCCAGGCCGUUAUAAAUGAUGUAUGGAAAUAUUUUUAUAUAAGAAGCUGUUCUCACCAUGUGCCAGUAAAUCAUUUUCAUUGUCCUUAUAUCCUGUCCAUACGAUGCAUUGAAUGGAUCAGAUGUGUUGUAGUAAUGUAAGGAAAGGUUGUAUUAGUGUAACUGAAUUUAUUUUUUCUAUUAUAAUGAAUCAAUUUUGAAUCAAUGUGCUGUAUAGGAAACAUUUUAUACCUUUAUAAUAAUUUCUUAGUGUAAUUUUUUAAACCUAAUUGUAAUUUAUAUCCCCUUAUUUUCUCUGUGAGUAAUUUUUUACUAUUGUUUUUGACUACGGUUCAUAUCAAAAUAUAUUUUCUUGGAAUA